UAUCAUUAAAAUACGUCUCGGCGUAUUCAAUUUUAAAAAUGUGCGGUUAAAAGUUGCCAUGGCAACAUCAACACCUCCAAAAAUGUGAGUGUAAAUGUCAUUCAGCGUAGUUAAAUGCUUUUUAAAUUAUAUUUUCGAAAACAUUUUUUUGUGACAUUUAACGGACAACACGAUACAGUUGUCAGCAAUGAAUACGUUAAAAACAUUCCUAUACGAAACAACAUAAAGUCUACUGUAAUGAAGACUCAGUGAAUCAAAAUUUGAUUUGGAUACUUAGAAUAAAGAUGCAAUUAUAUAUAUUAUACGAAAGUUUUAAACAAAAAAAACUAAACGCAAGAAUAGAAAAAUUAAGAAAACUUUGAAUUUAUUGCUCAGAAUUUUUUGUGUUCUUUUAUGGUUGCAAUUCAUUUGAAAAAAAACAUGAAUUGAUGUAAUACAUAAUAUAAAAAGAAAUAAUACAUGAUGAAUUUUAUUAUUGAAGAAGGCCGGUGCUCAUCUCCAUUACACAGUUUCACCUAUUUUUAGACUCGCUAAUUUAAAGUCGGGAAGUAGGCAUAUACUUAUAUGUUGCGAGAUUCGGUUAUUUAAAACCUAGUGGGGACCAAAAGUGUGUUUGCUUGUGUACAGUGGAGUCUAAAACCGAUCGUGCUAUGUUUUUUAAACUUUAAAACCGAUUCGCGUGCUUCUAAAUGAUGUCUGAAGAUCCAAAAUGUGAAGUUUGUUCGAGCCCAGCCACUCAGAAAUGCGGAGGUUGUCACACGGUACACUAUUGUUCAAGGGAACAUCAGAAAAGUGAUUGGAAGCGACACAAAAAAGUUUGCAAACCCUAUAAGUUAUGCAAAGACGACAAUAUCGGGCGUCAUCUUGUAGCAACGAAAGAUAUCAAAUCCGGCGAUAUCAUUUUACAAGAACCGCCUUUGAUCUGGGGCCCCGCUCAGGUCACUGUUCCCAUCUGUUUGGGAUGCGGAAAGGCAAUCGACCCAGAAAACUACGAGUGCUGCUCGAAAUGCGGAUGGCCUGUGUGUUCCAAAAUCUGCGAACAAUCUCCCUCUCACAUACCCGAAUGCCAAUACACAGUCUCCAGAGGAUCGAAGGUGACGAUAAGCACUUUCGGUACUGUACACCCAUCGUACCAAUGCAUUACGGCUUUGCGAUGUUUGUAUCAAAAGCAAUUCUUGUCGAAUAUCUGGAAGAAGUUGGACUUGUUAGAGUCUCACUGCGAACAAAGGAAAAGCACGCCUAAAUACCAAAAUGAAAGGAUUACCGUCGCGCAAUUUAUUCUGAGAUUCUUUAAACUCAAGAAAAUAUUUACAGAGGAAGACAUCAUGCGAAUUUGCGGAAUUAUAAUGGUCAACGCACAUGAAGUACCCCUCACCAGUCCACCGUACGUGGCCAUCUAUGAAACGUCCUCCAUGUUCGAGCACAGCUGUUCUGCCAAUUGCACCAAGACGUUUACCGAUCAGGGAUCGAUAGUGAUCAAGGCAGGUACCCAUAUCAAGAAAGGUGAACAUCUGAGUAUUUGUUACACCGAUCCGCUCUGGGGUACCGCCAACAGGAGAUAUCAUUUACACGAAUCAAAAUUUUUUUGGUGCAUCUGUGCCAGGUGCUCCGACCCCACUGAGUUUGGUACUUUUUUUAGUGCUUUAAAAUGCCAGAAAAGCGACUGCAACGGCUUUUUGCUUCCGCGCUCUUUCUUGGACCAUGACAACAACGACAAAGGUCCCGAUUGGUUUUGCAAUCAAUGCAACCAAUUAUUGUCUGCUUACUGCGUAAACGAUAUCUUGGAACACAUUGGCCAAGAGCUGAUGGAAAUGAAAAAGGGCGACUCGAUUUCAUGUAAACAUUUUAUAACGAUGUACGAGCCACAUCUCCAUAGUAACCAUUAUUAUUUAACCGACGUGAAGCUUGUCUUAAGCCAGAUAAUCGGACACGAGUUGGACGAAGGGCUUCCUGCGUGUCCUGAAGACGACCUGACACUAAAAGCCAGAACUUCUCAGGAACUGUCGCAUUUAAUGGUGGCGUUGGUACCAGGUGAAACCAAAAUUAGAGGCUUAGUGCUGUUUCAGUUGCACGUGGUAAUCUCGGAAAGGGGAAGAAGACAUAUGGGUAGUCAGCAAUUCAUUUAUUUUGUACAGGAAUCAAAGAAAAUUUUGGAAGAGUCCUUGGAUUUAUUACGGCACGAGCCCAAAGCCCUACCUGAAGGAAUAAUUUAUCAGCACGCAGAGGAAAACCUAAAACAAAUCGACUCAUUGUUGAGAACUUUGGGCGAAACGUCCGUGUGAUGUAAUAAUUGUUAAGUUAUUUACGUGUUAUUUAUAUAUUAAGAUGUAUUGCCAGUAAUUUUUCAUUUUCUUUAAAUGUUUUGCAAUAAAAAUAUUGACAUAUUGAAUAUGGUAUAC